UUUACAGUAGGGGAGAGAGGAGAUACAAGUGAGUGGAAGUAGGUAUACAUAUAUCUAUACUUUUUAACAGUUAAUGAUAUGCGCGCGAUUAUCAUCAUCUGAUUAGCUAAGAAAAUUCGGUAGCUACCUAACUAACUAGUUGUUUGUUUAGUUAACAAAACGAUUUAGUUAGGUAGCCGCCCUGAAGAUAAAUCACGACAAUAUAAUAAUGAUUUGAAUCGAGUAGUCUACUUUUCACAAAUCAACAGUUGUCAGGAAAGCAAAAAAAAACUGCCUUUCGUUCUCGGAAAAAAACCUAUUUAAAAUGGACUAACGUUGGGAAAGUGUAGGCUACUUUGUGUCCUGCAUUCGGGGGAUAUGCUACAAAGUUUCCAUUUAAUUAAAACUGAACUUGACCAAAAUAAUGUCGACACUCUACUCACUCUUUUCUACAGGCGAAAACAAAACCCUCCCGAACAUGAGUAAGGACACAGAGGUCGAUAUGAAGGAUGUUGAGUUGAACGAGUUGGACCAGGAGAAGUUACCGAUGACCGGCGACGGACCGGGGGCUGAGAAGAAUGGGAGCGUGAAGCUGAAGGUACCGGAGGAGGAUGUUAAGUUUACCGGGCUGUCGAAGGAAGAGCUCAUGAAAGUCGCUGGCACACCCGGGUUGGUUAUUGUUGGCUACUACUUAACUGUACAACUAACUACUUAAGUUAAACAUAAUGUUGCUUGAAAUCAAUUUGCUGAUUUGAAUUGCUGAAUAUGUUAUGUGUAUUGUAUACUGAACAAAAAUAUAAACGCAACAAUUUAUUAGGCAGUAAUCUAUAGAUUUCACAUGACUGGGCAGGGGCACAGCCAUGGGUGGGCCUGGGAGGGCAUAGGCCUACCCACUUGGGAGACAGGAUCACCGACUGGGGAGCCAGGCCCUGCCAAUCAGAAUGAGUUUUUCACCACAAAAGGGCUUCAUUACAGACAGAAAUACUCCACAGCUCAUGAAAAAUGGGACCAGCACUUUACAUGAUGCGUUUGUAUUUUUUGUUCAGUAUACAAUUGAAACUUAUUUCACCCUCUCUCUCCCCUCUCCCUCUCCUCCCCCUCUCUCUCCCCUCCAGGUGGGUGAGGACUCGCUGGGUGCUCCUGGCGCUGUUCUGGCUGGGCUGGGUGGGGAUGCUGGCUGGGGCCAUAGUGAUCAUCGUCCAGGCCCCCAGGUGUAAACCCAUACCUGAGAUGAACUGGUGGAAUCAGGGUCCUCUCUAUCAGAUAUCUGACCUGGGCGCCUUCAAUCAAGACAAGGGAAUUAAAGGUGAGGGUAUUGAUAAGGCGAUAGGACACCAUUAGCUUCAGGAAUAUCUACUAAGAUAAAACAGGACCUCGUACACACAUCCUUAUGGGUAAUGUAGUAGAUCAUACUGGUGGAACCGGGGGUCCUCUUACCAGGUCUCUGACCUGGACGUCUUCAACCACCACAAGAGAGUCAAAUUAAAGGCCCUAAUCUUUAUCUUGGCCAGGUCGCAGUUGUAAAUGAGAACUUGUUCUCAACUGGCUUACCUGGUUAAAUAAAGGUGAAAUAAAAAAAAUAAAAAAAGGGAUGGAACAGCGGCUUCUAGCAACCGUCAUGACAUGAGUAUAACGUGAACAGCCUGCUUGGUCCCAAAUAAGUGGUUUGCCUUGUGGUUCUAAUUUGGCCAGUUUGGCAGGGGCUGAGUGUCUUGUGACCAUCUCAUGCCUCCAGACGGCCCAGGGCCCGGUUUCCCAAAAGCAUCUAAAGGCUAAGUUCAUCGUUAGAACCUUCGUAGGAGCAUCGUUAAAUCUCCGAGCUGUUUCCCCAAAACCAUCGUUACUGAAGUUGCACUUGAAAACUCCGGUUAUUUAUCGACUGCCUCAGACCGCUGGUGGAACAGCCAAGUGUGUAGUUGGGUGUGUUUAUUCUACUUAAUACACAGAAGAUCUAAACAUAGAAUCAAGAUGUGUAUUUGUCUCUCUGACUGCUGAUAACUUCAAAAUGAAGUUGACUACAAAUGCAAAGUUGCAAGUGUUUUUUGUGUGCAAUUGUUACAAACAAGGGAAGGAUAAAAAUAUGUCUGAAAUGAAAACCGAGAUGACUGCAUUCAGAUAAAUAGCCUAUCUACAGUAUAGGCUGCAUAGGCCUAUGUUAUGUUCAUUCAAUUGAGUUUUAUUUAGCUAUGUGGCGGCCGUCUAUCAUGUUUGCCUCGAUGUCACGACGUGUAGCCUAAUGUGUGCAAUGAUUGACCAAAUCUUGAUCUAGUGCAUUAUUACAGGGCGAUCUCUCUCUAGGUAGCUGAUCUGAAGUCAGUAUUGUGGAAAUAAUUCUAAUGUUAAGGAAAGAUUUGAAUGGAGAGAGCUGACCCCAGAGCAGCGAUAUCUCUGCGUGGUGUCUUGGGGAAAACCGCACGUUACAUUCUCCGUCCGUUGUAAGAAAGAUGCGUUGUUAAAACGCUGGUAGGCCUAGAUUCCAUCGCUAUGGGGGAAAACCAGGCCCUGGCCUUAAAAAAAGGGGAAAAAAAAUUUUUAAAAAAAAAGGGUGGAAACCUUUUUUAAAGAGCGAGUUUUGGGGCCCCCCUUUUAAAAAAAAGGGCCUGUGGGUUUUAAUUUUUAAAAGGGUUUUAAAUUUGCCCCCCCGCCAAAAGGGGGGGUUUAAGAAUAAAAGGGAAAAAAAAAACCGAACCGAAAAAGGGGGAAAAAAAAAAUUUUUAAAAGGUAAAAGGAAAAACCCCUUUAGAACCCCGGGGAACCCAAAAAUUUUUGGGGGGUUUUUCAAAAAAAAUUUUUCAAAAUUUUUAAAAAGCGAGGGGGCCCCCGAAGGAAAAAAAAAAACUUUUUUUUUUUUUAAAAAAAAAAAAACUUAAAAAGGGGGUAAAAAAUAAUUUGGGUGGGGGGGAUGGGUUUUAAAAGAAAAAAAAGGGGGGCGGUGGGUUUUCCCCUUUUUAAAAAAAAAAAAGUCAAAUUUUAAAAUACUCCCCCAAAAAAGGGGGUUUUUUGGGGGGGGCCAAAAGGGAAAAUUUUCCCCCCAAAAAAAUUUUUGAGUUUAAACCCCAAAAGGGGGCGGGUUUGGGGGGAAAAAAAGAAGUACCCCGUUUUUAAAAGGGCUUUUCCCCGUAAAAAGUUUAAAGGGGGGAAAAAGGGGGGGGAAAAAAGGGAAAAAGGGAAAAUAUUUUUUGGGGGAAAAAAAAUUUUUUUUCGGAAGAAAAAAAAAAAAAAGGGGGUUGCAUUUUUUUUAAAAAUUUUUUAGGGUUUUUCCCCCCUUUAAAAAAAAAUUUUGAUUUUUUUUAAAAAAACCCCUUUUUUCCCCCCGGGAAACAGAAACCCCCUUUUUUAGGGCCCCGGGGGUUUUUGGGUUUUUUUUUGGUAAAAAAAUUUUUUGGGAAAAAGGAAAAAAAGGGGGGGGAAAAGGGGGGGGGGGGGGGUUUCCGGGGGGGAAAAAUUUUUUUUUUUUUUUUUUGGGACCCCCCAACCGUCCCCAAAAAAACCCCCCAAAAAGGGGGCCCCCUUUUUUUACCUUUUUUCCCCCUUUUUUUUGAGGGUUCCAAACCCCCCCGGGGCCCCCCGGGGGGGGGAAAAAAAAAACCCGGGGGGCCCCCAAAAAACUAAAAAACCAGAGAGGGCCCCCGGGGGAAGACCAAAAGGGGAAAUCUUUUUUUUCCCCCCCGGGAAAUGAAGGGGGGAAAAAAAAACCCCCCACCGGGAAAAUGGGGAAAAAAACCCCCGGGGGAAAAAAAAGGGGCCCCAAAAAUAGGGUUUUAAAAAUCUUUUUUUAGUUAUAAUUUAAAUAUUGUUUUUCUUUAUUUUUUUCCCCUUUAUUUCUUUUUCCCUUUUUUUAAAUUUUUUUUUUUUUUUCUUUAUUUUUUUUUUCCCUUUUUUUUUUCCCUUUUUUGGGGGGGUUUUUUUUUUUAAAAUUUUUUUUUUUUUAAUUUUUUUGGGCCCCAAAAAAAAAAUUUUUUUUUGAAAUUUUUUUAAAAAAAACCAUGUAAAAAAAAAUGGGGGAAAAAAUUUUUUAAAAAUUUUUAAAAAAAUAAAAUGUUUAAAAUAUAAAAAAAAAAAUUUUUUUAAUUUUUUCGGGGGGAAACCCCCCUUUUUUUUUUAAAAAAAACUAAAAUUAAAAACCCCCGGUUCGGGGUUUAAAAAAACCCCCAAAAUAAACCCCGGGCAAAAACCCCCUUAAACCCAAAAAACCCCGGGUUUUUGGUUGUAAAAAAAAAGGGGUUUGUAAAGGCCCCUUCCCCUUUGGGGGGUUUUUUAUAUUUUUCCCCCCCAUUAAAAAGGCUUUUACCCCCCCUUUAUAAUCCUUGGGGUUGGAAAAUUUUUUAAAAAGGGGGUUGGGCCAUAAAGUUAAAUUCCCGUUCGGUUCUCUUGGUUUUCCCCCCCCCCCGGACCCUUUGGGGGGAAAUCCCAAAAACCCCCCGUGAUCUCUAAUCUCUCUCAGUCUCUUCUCUCUAUAUUUCUCAUCUGUAUCUCUCUCUCUCUCUCUCUCUCUCUCUCUCUCUCUUCUCUCCCGAGUGUUGUGGGGUGGCGGGUUUAACUAGACAGUCUUCUGAACCAGUUGAAGGUGAAGGGCCUGGUUCUGGGGCCUCUCCACACUGUACAGAAGGACCAGGCAGACACACUAGACCUUGUCUCCAUGAACCCUGUUGUAGGAACGGACCAGGACCUGCUGAUCCUGCUGGAAAAGGCACACAAGAAGGGUGAGUGAUCUGUUUGUCCCAUUGGGCUGACUGAAGACUGUUGAUGUCAUUAAUACUGUCUGGACUCUCUGCUCAUCCUAUCCAGCUGACAAUAGAGAAUAUUAUAGUGUAGAAUCACAAUGGAUCUUGGGUCUGAAUAAAGCCUUAAAAUACUCUCCACCUUUUCAUGAUCUCCUCCUGACUGAAGCACUCUUUAAUUUACCUCUCUCUAUCCGUCAGGUAUCUCUGUGGUGUUGAACCUGACCCCUAACCCUGGAGCUGACCCCUGGUUCAGUCCUGACCGCCUGCCUGAAGUACUGGACAAACUCGGGGUGAGACAGUGUGUGUGUGUGUGUGAGUGAGAGAGAGAAAGGGAUCUGUGCCAUUUUGAAUACCCUUCAUAUAUCUCUUCUCUCUCUGUGUCACUGGUCUGUGUUUAUGAGUAGUAACCAACCUCUCGCCCCUGUUGUAGUAAAAUGGUUCAAGGCAACUCUCUGUAUUUGAAAUGUGUCUAAUAUAAUUCCUUCAGGCUGCUGCUGAACACUGGCUAGGUAUGGGUGUGGACGGAGUGCAGGUGUCCGGCCUCGCUGCUGCCUGCGACUCUUCUGAUUGGGCCAAGGUCCAGGGUGUCGUCCAGGGCAACAGGACAGAGGUGGACGUGAAGAAGAGGUAACUAAUAGUCACACAGCAGACGGACAGUCAGACAGACAGAGACAGGCAGGACGGAUAGACGGACAGUCAGACAGGGACAGGCAGGACGGAUAGACGGACAGUCAGACAGUCAGACAGACAGAGAGAGGCAGGACGGAUAGACGGACAGUCAGACAGUCAGACAGACAGAGACAGGCAGGACGGAUAGACGGACAGUCAGACAGUCAGACAGACAGAGACAGGCAGGACGGAUAGACGGACAGUCAGACAGUCAGACAGACAGAGACAGGCAGGAGGAUAGACGGACAGACAGACAGACAGACAGAGACAGGCAGGACGGAUAGACGGACAGAGACAGUCAGACAGACAGAGACAGGCAGGACGGAUAGACGGACAGUCAGACAGUCAGACAGACAGAGACAGGCAGGACGGAUAGACGGACAGUCAGACAGUCAGACAGACAGAGACAGGCAGGACGGAUAGACGGACAGUCAGACAGUCAGACAGACAGAGACGGGCAGGACGGACAGUCAGACAGUCAAAUAGGCAGGACGGAUAGACGGACAGUCAGACAGUCAAAUAGGCAGGACGGAUAGACGGACAGACAGAUAAACGGACAGAGACACAGACAAUUAGAUAGACGGACAGACACAGACAAUUAGAUAGACGGACAGAGAGACAGACAGGCAGGACGGACGGACGGGCAAGACGAACAUUCAGACAGACAUUACUGAAUACACCCCCUGGACUUGAUUCCUACUGGGUCAUAGCUUAGUCAAGACACGUUGUUUUGAUUAUUUGUGGGGUCAGGAGAGAGACGAGGGAAAGGCUUUAGUUGGAUCACAGCUCAAUCAAGUUUGGGGGAAACAGAGAAGCACAUGCAGAGUGGCCUGGAGGCUACAUUCUUCUGGUGGUCGGUGGUAUUGCAGUAGUCUGGGAAUACAGCGCCCUCUCCUGGACAUUUAGAAGUCUGGGAAUACAGCGCCCUCUCCUGGACAUUUAGUAGUCUGGGAAUACAGCGCCCUCUCCUGGACAUUUAGUAGUCUGGGAAUACAGCGCCCUCUCCUGGACAUUUAGUAGUCUGGGAAUACAGCGCCCUCUCCUGGACAUUUAGUAGUCUGGGAAUACAGCGCCCUCUCCUGGACAUUUAGUAGUCUGGGGAAUACAGCGCCCUCUCCUGGACAUUUAGUAGUCUGGGAAUACAGCGCCUCCCUGGACAUUUAGUAGUCUGGGAAUACAGCGCCCUCUCCUGGACAUUUAGUAGUCUGGGAAUACAGCGCCCAUCUCUGGACAUUUAGUAGUUGGGAAUACAGCGCCCUCUCCUGGACAUUUAGUAGUCUGGGAAUACAGCGCCCUCUCCUGGACAUUUAGAAGUACUGUUAGGUAGUCCAUGUCUGAGCAAAGUCUAAACGUGAAGUGAGAAUGUAUACGAUAAUUCAAUCUCGUCUCCUUCACUCUCGACCUCGAGCGCUAGAAUCUCAUACUCCUCUGGAGUCGAGGCGAGACCGUCGAGAGCUAGGCGCUGAGCGCGCGUCCGCUAUUCAGCUGCUCAGAUCCGACUUAUUUCUCGAUCUCAUCUCUCGUCUCUGCUCUUCUUCUUCUUUCGAGUGGAUACUUCGAUUUCUUAGCGAUCGCAUUGCGCUGCGCGUAGGGCGAGCUGCCUAGGACUAGCGCUUCGCGUGACGCUGCGAGAGCGAGUCAGACGAUGCUCGCGACGAGGCGCGAGAGGCGAGGCGAGCGAGAGCGAGCGAGGAGCGCGAUGCGAGAGAGCGAGAGCGCGAGCGAGCGGAGCAGCGCGACGAGAGAGCUGCGCGGCGGAGCAGAGAGUAGCGAGAUGAGCGCGAGGCAGCGAGGCGCCGAGAGCAGAGAGAGAAAUGCUUAGUGUGUCUAUCUUGUCGAUAUGCUCGCUGAUGCUAGGCGAGAGCGGAGAUAACGCGGUGAGAGAGAUAGAGGAUGGAGAGGAGGGGAGAGAGGAGGAGAGAGAGAGAGUAGAGCGAGACUAGAGCGAGGGGAGGAUGAGACGCUAUACGAUACUCCUCCUGUCCUCUCUCUCUACUCUAUCUAUCUCUCUCUCUCUCUUCUCUCUCUCUCUCUCUCUCUCUCUCCUCUCUCUCUCUCUCUUCUCUCUCUCUCUGUCUCUCUGUCUCUAGAGCUCUAAUAGGGGUGGUUGAUGGUCUCAACUCCUCUGCUGUCUCUCAACUUCUCAACUCCUCUGGUGUGGACCUGAUACUGUCUGAUGUCCUUAACAAUGGUAACUCAGGUAACCAGAACAUUUCUAAUACACUUAAAAAAUAUAUAUAACACAAAACAGUGAGUGCUACCUUAGACUAAAUAUUGGUCCUAAACAUAGAAAAGCCAAAUUGGAAGGACAAAGGAUAAAAAUAAACAAAUAAAUCAAAAUGGUAGCAGUUAAAAAUAGAUAAGACAAACUCCUUGUUGCCCUGGUUAAAAGCAGUCCACUACAUUGGGAAAUAAUGGGGUGUAAUUUGAGAUGUUCCCUUGCAGGUGUCCAUCGAGCCCAGUCCAUCUACAGCCUGGUCUCUACCCAGAAACAAAGCUCCCUAGCCUGGGGGCUAGGAGGUAAGAGAGACAAUGGUCUUUAGAACCAUUUAGAGUUUUAUCAAAUGACAAAAUACAACUUUAAAAUACAUAUUUUUUUUAUUUUCUUUUUAACAGGCACUUGGGGGAACCAUCUGGCGUCAGUGGUAGAGAAACCAGAACUGGUCCGACUCUACCAGCUAAUGCUCUUCACUCUGCCUGGAACACCGGUCUUCAACUAUGGAGAUGAGAUGGGACUAGUGGACCAGGUACGGAGAGGAGGAGAUGGUGGUGGACGGGGGAAAGCGGAGGAGGAUAACCAUUUGGACACGGGUCUAUUUAUUUUUUUCCAAACCGUAGCAAAUAUGUGUUGCAGUGGAAAAAACGAGUGAAUUUGAAAGUGUUGAUAAACAAUGUUCUGAACAAACAAGCUUUAGAGAUGAACCGAUACUCUUGCCUUGCCUACCCUUGUAAUAUUUUACAGCAGAGUUCCUUGUCUGGCGUUAACUCUCCUCUCUCUCUCAGGGCUCCACCUCUCCUAAGAUGCUGUGGGACAUUGAGGAGGAGGCGGCGGCUGAAGGAGCUGGGAACAACGAGACUGCUGAGGUACUUGUUAUACCACCCUCUAGUGUUAGCUACAUGUAACAGCGCUGAAGCUGUUCUGGCUCGUGGUGGCCCAACGCCCUAUUAAGACACUUUAUGUUGGGGUUUCCUUUAUCUCCUGUAGUCUCCUGUAGCUCAGUUGGUAGAGCGUGGCGCUUGCAACGCCAGGGUUGUGGGUUCGAUUCCCACGGGGGGAGCAGUAUGAAAAAAAAAUUAUGCACUCACUUAACUGUAAGUCGCUCUGGAUAAGAGCGUCUGCUAAAUGAUAAAAUGUCAAAUUACUAACCCUAACAGCAUACUUAUAUCACCCAGUCAUUAAAGUAAUGUGGUUGAUCUCUCUCGCUUACUCCCUCUCUCGCUACGCGACGCACGAUCGGACGCCUCUACCACCACAGCACACUAGAACAAAGAACAGAAGAGGAUAAGAAGGAAAAAAAAAACCUCCACCCCCACACCCCCCCCACCCCCCCCCCCCCCCCCCCCCCCCCCCCCCCUCCCCCUCUCUCACUCUCAACACUGACACAGACACACUUACCCCACCAGACAUGCCACCAGGGGUAUUUUCAGUCCCCAGGUCCAGAACAAAUUCAAGGAAACUUACAGUAUUAUACAGAGCCAUGAGUGCAUGGAACUCCCUUCCAUCUUACAUAGUGCAAGUGAACAGCAAACCUGGUUUUAUAAAAAACUAUUAAAGCAACGCCUCACGGCACAACGCCUCUCCCCCCAUGUGACCUACUUGUUGUGUGUAUGUACUGACAUGUAUGUGGAACUGAUAGAUGCACACACUACAUGUUAAUGUUUUUAAAUGUAUGUAAAUUGUAAAGUAUUUUCUUUGUUAUCUGUCGGACCCCAGUAAGACUAGCUGUCGCCGUUGGAGUCUGCCAAUGGGGAUCCCAAUCAAACAAAUCUAAUCUCUCUCUCCUCCCUCCUCUCCAGGCCCAGAAAACUCAUCGUCUGACCUGUCGUUCGUGGUUUAGGACCCUCUCUGACCUGAGGGGUAAGGAACGUUCCCUCCUCCACGGAGACUACUUCCCCUCCACUCUUCCUCCUCAUCCCUCGCUUUCCUGCGUCUGUGGGACCAGAGCGAGAGAUACGUGACGGCCGUCAACUGGGGCUCCGCCACCCUAACCAUGGUCCUCAACUACCCAGGUAUUUAUUCAUUUGAAUAUGCGUUAUUUAUUCGGGAGAUCACAUUGAGACGUAUUUUCCAACGAGACCAGAGUAUAGCCUGAAAAGCAAUAAAUGGUCAAGCAGCAACAUAUGAGAAGUCAAAACAUGAUUUAAAAAAUAAAUAUAUACGUUAAAAUACUGACAGGAUUUCCCCUCCUCCUCUUCCCAGACCUGAGUCUCCCGGAGCAGGCUAAAGUCAAGCUGAGUACGGACCCUGAGAACCUGGCUGCAGACAGCUCUGUCUCGCUGGAUAAACUGCUGCUGGGACCAGGACAUGCUGUUCUACUGACAUUCCCCUUCGCUUAGGAAGGGCUAGAGCAGAGACCAGGGCUACAACAGGCCAGAACAAGAAACUAAUAGACCUAACUUUUAGACCGUGGGCGGAGGGAGAAUGCAGAGGAUGUUUUCGACCACAGACAACUAGCAGAAGGAAUAUACAGUAUGAAACAGUCGUUUUUAGCCAGUGCUUAGGUCGGUAUUGAGGUUGAGUAUUUCCAACUGUUAAAACAUUCCAGUUCAGAUUUGAUGAAAUGUUUUUGUUGGCCAUUGUUUGAAAACUUUUUAAAAGGAACUUUUUAGUUCCAUAUUUUUUCAAUUUGUUUAUGACAUGUUGUGUUGAACUGUUUGGAGAGGGGAACAUGUCAGUUUGAAUUUAAAAACGGUUAAUUUUCAAUCUGUCCAUUCCAUCCAGUGGAAUAUAAUUGUCAUUCAAAUGCUAGUAUUGGAGGAGAUAGUAUUGCUAGCUUCCUACUGCUAGAUGUUGUUCUGACUAAAAAGUUGAAAGGAAUCAAAUAAAAAGCCCUGCGUUAUAUUGCCUGGUGACAAUCAAAUA